AUGCAUCGCGGACGCCGUCACACUGCUUCCUCAGCGACCACAAACGCCGGCACUGUUGUGGCGCUGCGUCGUGGGACUUCCACUCGUCGUGCUCGUCCGAUUCGAGCCACGGGUGAGAACACGAACUCGUCCUGCGCUUUCGGGGCGGAUGGACCACCACCGCCUAUCGGAAUUUCCUACCUGUCCGAUUGUUCGUCUGGUUCCUCGUUGUCGACGUCUUCGUCUACGUCAUCCUCGUCUAUGUCCUCCUCUUCCACUGACUCCCAGGACCAAGCAACAAUUGGCGUGACAUCCGAAUCAGUUAGCGUUUCUCACAAGUCCCCACGUUCACGUGGUCGCACUGUGCCAGUCUCCAUUCAGAUCUCCAACGGUCCUGGAAAUACUCGCAGUCGACGAGCACCGAUCAGUUCUCGGUUACGAUCUGUCGACACCGUGGACACUGGAAAUUCUGAUAACUCAGCUGCUUCUUCUGGCCCUGUCCGCUGCGCUUUGCCAAUCAGUUCGAAUCCGGUUACGACACGGUCAGGUCGACGUCGGAGCUCACGUACCACAAAUCGUACAGCCACUCCUCCUCAUUCGUUGAAUGAUUCGGUCCAAAUCGUCGGUAUGCAGCAACCACCAGUGAGUACUAUUCGACUUCGUCUCGGACGUACCUUGACCCAGCCACCUCGAGCCAAUCGACCCGGAUCGUUGACUCGUCGGACUCUGAUCAGUUCCCGUCUAAACCCGACCCCCCUCGCAGCUCAGGAGGAAACGGUUGCUCGUACUCCUGCACAAUCGAGUGCUGCCAUGCGGCGAAGCAGAAGUGCUGCAGACACAGCUGAUCUCCACGCCGCCCUGGUUGCUGCACGUCGUCCUCCUGGCUCCGCUUCGGAUGGGGAAGAUGAUUGUGUUAUAUGUUUGUGCGAAAAAUCCAAUCGCAGUGUGGUGCUUCCAUGCAUGCACACAUUUUGUUUCGAUUGUAUUCAUCGUUGGCUGACUAUCAAUCCGUCUUGUCCUUUGUGCAAGCGUUUAGCACAACGUGUAAUUCACUCCGUCCUCUCCGACACAGAGUUCACCGAGUUACUCGUGUCCGAUUUACAAGCGCAAAGAAAUUCUCGUCGUGUGGCCCGAUUGCCCGCUUCGUUUGAUCUGGAGGAAGAAAUUCUAUUUGCGCACGCCGCCACAGCUGCUGCAGCUGCGGCCGCUGACGACGUGCAUACACAGCGUGGUUCGUCUUCUGUUCCUCAGCGUCAAUCCCAUCAUCACUAUCACUAUCAUUUAAAUCCACCUCCAGUUCGACUGAUAGACUACUGGGAUGGAAUGGGUCGUGACGAAGCCUCAGUCACGUCGUUGUUCCUUCCAUCCGCCACCAUGCAUUCUGUCGGCUCAAUGUCGCGAUCUACUGGAACCGAUCAACCGCGACCGAAUUUUCGUUGGAAUCCGGAAUUCGGGCCGCUGGUCGAAAGUUCACGCUCGUUUUUGACCAACUUAGUGAACAAUGCGUUGCGCAGACGAAAUUCAUCCCUCUUGGACGGACUUUUGCUUCGGCAACUGGUCUACAUUUUCGGUUUUGAAUCGGUCCCUGUCGCCCAAGAACCGGUGUUGGAACGUGACAUCACCCCAAAUUUUCUCGCCACCAACGAAGCACAACGUCAACGUUUACAAAGUUUUGUUCGUCGUGAUCUUCGCGUCUUGGCUCCGUGGUUAGCCUACCGUUCUUCGAGCUCCUCGACCUCUACGACGUCGAAUGCGAACGAGUCCAACACUGCACCGAUAACUCCUGACGAACCGCAAGCCGGGUCUGCUGUUACGGCUCCACUGAUUUGUGGCGCCCCCGGUCUGUUAGCCGACACACCCGAAUUGGAUAUGAUAACCGAACGAGUUGUGAAUCAUUUUACUUCUGUCCCUAUGACUAACGCGGAUGCUUUACACCAGUUGCUCAUCUCUUUUCCUGCUCUUUGUCCUCCCCUUGUCCCUGCCAUCUAUCUCACACAUUUCUGUUCCGAAGUGAUUCAGUUUGCCCGUUACAGCGGAACAUUGGAACAAUAUGACUACGCGGUCUGUCUCUAUAGACGUCACUCCCCCUAUUCCAGCAAUAGCGGGUUAACUGAACCGUCCUCAACCACAACAUUAUAUCCCGCGACCCGCACAACACGACGGGAUCCUCGACUGGCCGUGUACAUGGGCUCCGCUUGUUGGCCUCGAUUACGACCGGGGUUCGCCGAGCCACAGGGGCUAAUCACGCAUCCGCUCAUCAACUGGCUGCUUCAACGGUUGUUUGUUCAUUCCGUGUCCGGAGCGACACACCCAUCUGCAUUACCUGGCACCGGUGAAUAUCCUCUCAUUGUUCCAGAACCAUUGGUCUUUCAAUACUCGCGUACUCCGUGUCAUCCACACUGUUCUCGUUUGUCCAGUCUUUCACGAGCAUUGCUUGAGGCAGUUCCCACAAUCAUUCGAUUCCGAUCUACGUCAUUUCAGUCGGAGGCAAUCCAAAUGUCCGGUCGUCGUAGAGUGGUUGUCACAAAUGGAAAUGAUUCAACCAAUGAGGGGAACAUGACCAGCGCUGAACUUUAUCCUAAUCGCCUCGUCUAUCAGCGCAUAUUGAGUGAGUUAAUUGAUCAGGCUCGAUUUAGCGACGCGUUAGCCAGCUACUUUAGCUCGUACCGUACCGAAGGAGUCACUUCAUUAGACCAAAGAAACUCACGAGCCAAUUCGGCUAGCACAACAAUUUCGGAAUUGCGCUCCAGGGCCUCAUCGAGAAUGAAUUUGGUGCUGGGUCUUUUCGGCGAUUUGAUUUCCGAACUGUCCACAGAAAACGCGAAUACACCUCCCUCGUCUCCCGUGACCAACCGAUCUGGUAUUGAUCAUCUCAGACCUGCAUUGGAUAAACAUAGUCAAGCAUUACGACGUCUUAGUGGACUGUUGUUGUUGUUCACCGCUCGUGUGCCUUCUGGACUGCGCGCAGAACGUGAUGAGGAUGUAAUCAGUGAGCUGAUUCACACCCCACUGAUGCCCAUGACCGUCCCACCAGUAACUCCUCUCAGUACUCCAUCCCAGGUGAUUGAUUUGACUGUGAAUACUCCUAACCAAGAUUCACAUUCCAACCGUAGUUUAUCCAGAUCUUCCGUGCAACCUAGAUCCCCUGGAACAAACUCCGGAAGCGAGUCCAACCGAUUGUUGCAUUCCGACUGGCAUUUUCUGUUUCGUCCCACCUUAUUCUCACGAACAUCUGUCAAUGGAUCGUCUCAGUCGACUGCAGUUCCCGAGUCCGGAGUGUUGGAUCUCUCCAACCGAACGGUAUCGAAUCUAUCAGAUUCUCCAAUACACAUAGAACAAGGCUCUGGCGAGGAUCACGUCCUACGACCAGAUCAAGCACAACAAACGGGAUCGGGACAGCAGCAAACUGAGACCAAUGUUUCUUCUCCACUCAAUGCACCAGAUAUUCUUGGGUUGGAUAAUCUCGACACUGGAUCGUUUCAGCUGGAAACCAGUUUGUCACCGGUAGCCACCGAUUUGUAUUGGCGUGCCCCAAACGAUCCCUGUGUAAUUAUCUCCUCUGACUCAUCUCCGGCUUCAUCCGACGAUGAAACUGUUCCGGCCCGACGGAGCAUUGUUCCAAAUCCAAGUGACCCUCUGUACGCAAUCACAGACGAUGAGAGUGACCAUGGUGCAAAUUCUAGUUUGAGACAAACAAAACCCGAGACGGUUAGCCCCACCAACAUUUCCAUUCCCUCUGGACCCGCUGAUUCAACUGACUUGUUGACCGUACAAGAUAAUACCUCACGUCUGUCUCUCGAUUCCCAGGUGGGCCCUCCGCUACCGUCUUAUACGUCCUCAUUCAUGUCUCAGCUAAUUACGAAUGUGCAUGGACAGGAAGAGCCAAUGGAUGUAGAUGAAAAACCAGAAGAUCUUGUUGCUGCCCCGGAAUCAUCUGAGAAUUGCUCUGUGCCAUCCGGUACCAAACGUCCAUCGUCCUCGAUGCAGUCAGACCCGCCCGAUUCUGGAUCAUAUCCCCAUGCACCAAAACUGUCGCGCUCUGUGGAACCUUCACUCGUGCAUUUCUCUCUUCGGCCCCGAUUGGCGUUUGUCAAGUCACACGGUGGUCACUGGAUUACUCCUCAUAGUCCUCGAUCAUUGCAUUACUAUCACCCUCGUCGUCGACGUUAUCACGACCACACUCGUAGCCGUAGUCCGAUCGUACUGGAGAGCAGUGAAAGUGACUGUGAAUUACUACGGGAAUCCAUCCAUGUGUACAGUGAUUCUAGUUCAUGCAGUUCGUCUUCUUCCUCAACUUCAAGUUCUCGGUCCAGCUCAUCUUCAUCGUCACAAUCUCGACCUCGGGAGCGCAGUUGUUCACCACCGGUACCAAUUCCUACAGAACGUCGACCGAGGCGUGACAGUAGCACUGACUCGUCCAGACAUCAUCAUCGUCGUCGUCACCGGCGCUGUCAUUGUCAUCGACACCAUUGCCACGGCUGUCGCAAGCACAGAAAACAGGGACGUCGAUCUAAGUACCACAAGCGUUCUGGUUCAAAGCAUCACCAUCACCAUAAUGAAAAACACGACAAACACGCAAAACGAAGACAUCCCGGUCUAUCACCGCGUUCGCGUUAUUACCCUCGAUUGCGUAUGGUUAGACGACCAGCUCAAACUGUGCAGUUAAAUAGCAGCGCGUCACCAAUUCUGAUUUCGGACGAAGACAACGAGCUGAACAACCCACCGGUUUUAGAUUCAGCAAACACCUUUGAGUUGCCAUCCAGCAGUCACAGUGGACCAACAUCUUCCGUUGCUACGAUUGUUUCUUCGAAUGCUCCACGACAAUCAUCAACUACAAAAACCUCCACUACAUGUGUUCCAGUUUUAUCUGACGAGCCAUGUUGCAGCUACUCCGGCGGGGCGGAUAAUCGCGGCCGAUCGGAAGUUGGGGAAGCCGCACAGGAUUCUUUAUCUCCCAAGACGGAGACCAAAUCUAAACCGUCAGGAUCUGUUACUCGGAGUAUCUUUGAACCCUCUAAUUUGAAUGAGUUUUACCAGUUUAUAGCUGAAUUAGAGACUAAUCCACCCUCUGUUGGUCCACGUGAUUCAGAACCAUCAAAUUCAAUAGACCACGAUGCUCAGGGCCCUAGCGAACAACCCACUGAAUCCUCGGCCGAUCCACCGACAUGA